AUGAAGAGGUUGAAAAUUGGUAUCAGGACCCAGCUAAUGGUCCUUGUUGGGUUUGCCUGCCUACUAUCACUUCUCAUUCUCGGUCUUGUCACUGGUAUUUACUUCAGCAACAAUUUAAAAAAUCUACGAUCAGAGCGACUAGAGGUUAUAUCACAACUAAAAGCGACACAAGUUAGCCAGUCUAUCAACUACGUUCAACUAACAGUGUCUGCCUUGGCUCAAGUGGACGGGAUACGAUCUCCUUUGAUGUCACACCAGCAAGGUAACGAUCUGUCAAACUUAUUCGAAGGGGUAGACGACCUCUUUUUACAAUAUACAAUCACUGAACAAAUCGUAUCAGCCAGACUAUACGACAAAGAUUUGAACGUCGUCACAGCAACUGAAUAUGACGAAGUCUUUAUUUCCAACCAAACUAGAAACCUGUUAUAUCCCAUACCCGAUGGUGGCCCAUUACCUGCUGUUGUCGACAACUAUACACAUAGUGACGACAAAUAUUAUUACAGUGGACCACUACCGAACAAUACUCAUGUGACUACUGAUCCUUAUUUUGCUGGUGUCACUGUCGCAGUUUAUAGCGAGGAGUUGUCUGAGGAGGUGAUUGGUUAUAUUUCUGUGAUUUCAUCAGCGUCUUCCAUCUUUUCUGCAUUAAACACAACAUCAUCCGACUAUUGGACAAUAGCGGUUCAACCAGUAUAUGAUGACAACACUUCGGACUAUGAUGCGAAUAGAACUAGAGAUUCACUAAUAGGAUAUCAAGCUGUUUUCCCCAACAAUGGCUCACUUAUCGAACCAGACCAUUUUUACAAUAUCAAUAGUUCUUCACUCAUUGGGCCAGCAUUCAGGACAACAAAUCUCACACUGGGUGUUCGAAGAAACUUGAAAUCAGUGACUGGAGUAAAACUCGCUGUGGCUUACUACAAAAUCCAAUUUAGUAACUGGCUGUGGCUAAUUAUAACGUCUCAAAAACAAUCUUCGUUUAAUGCACCAGUAACAAAGAUGACGCACAUCAUUAUUGGUGUCACCAUUGGUGUAGGAUUUUUCAUGUGCGCUGUCACCUUCACCCUAGCCAUUUGGUUCAUACGGCCAAUUACGAGACUUAAGGAAGCUACUGAAUCCAUAACCAGAUACAAGAAAGAUAAAAAAGGAAGCAAGAAAAAUGCAAACAAUGGUGACUCUGGUGAAAAAUUACCACCGUAUUCAAGUGAUACGGUAGAUGAUGAGAAACUUUCGAAACGAGAUAGCGUGCACUCAAUGUCAACCAGUGGCUCAGGAUCAGGGAACUCCAGUGGUAUUAGAUUACCUUCGAGGAUUCCGCGUUCCAAAAUGCUAUUCAAGGAUGAACUUACUGAGUUAUCGGAAGCCUUUAAUAUCAUGACCGAGGAGUUGGAAAAGCAGUAUACACACUUGGAAGAUAGAGUCAAAUCGAGAACCAAGGAAUUAGAGGCUUCCAAAAUCGAGGCUGAAGCUGCAAAUGAGGCAAAGACUGUAUUUAUUGCCAACAUAUCACACGAAUUGCGAACGCCCUUGAAUGGUAUACUUGGUAUGUCGUCAAUUGCCAUGGAAGAGCAAGACGAGGCUAGAUUAAAAGAUUCAUUAAAGCUAAUCUACAGAUCCGGUGAACUAUUGCUUCACAUUUUAACGGAAUUGCUAACCUAUUCUAAAAAUACCUUAAAUAGGUCAAAAUUGGAAAAAUCAAAUUUCCAAAUUCUUGAAAUAGUUUAUCAAGUCCACUCAAUCUUUACCAAAUUGGCAUUGGAUCAAAGAGUUAACUUUAAAAUUUUAGUCAAACCACAAAUAUUUAGAAAAUUGAUUCUUUAUGGCGAUUCAAAUAGGAUUAUUCAAAUAAUCAUGAAUUUGGUCUCCAAUGCACUAAAAUUCACCCCUGUGGAUGGAUCAGUUGGUGUUUCAUUUAAAAUGGUUGGUGAGUAUGACUAUGAGAGAUCAAAGAAGGACAAUUUUGAGCAUGUAUACGUCCUUGAUAAUAAUCUUGGGGUGUCAAGCUCGUUAAGAAGAUCAUCAAACACAAAGCCUUACUUGUCGUCUCCAACAGCACGUCCGGCUUCCCCAGUUUCACCACAGCAGAAACCAUCAGUUUUAUCACCAGUGAUUGAGUUUGACAAGUCAAAUGAUUACUUUAGUGAAAAGCCAGUACCAGUAGUAGGUACCUCCAAUUCUGAAGGAGCCCUCGACAAAGUUGAUAACGACGAGCAAAAUAAUGAUCUUCUUAACAAAGAGCAACUGCCACCUGAUACCAGUGACGUCAAAGCUACCACUAACAAUAAUGACACUAACGAAAUUAAUAACGCUAAUGACCAAAAUAAAAACAAUGAUAUUACCGACGAUGAUAUCCAUUCCAUAGCUACUUUAGCUACAGUGCAGUAUGAAAACAAAAUGUACGAAUCGCAAUUCGGCAACAAGCCACUUCCUGCUACUCCAAGUAUGAGUCCUGGUAAUUCAUUGGAAAAGAUCCCUUCACGAAACAGUCGAACCCCGUCAGUCACAACUAUCAAUUUUGAGCAAACAUACAGAGCCAAUCCAACAUCGUCUUCCAGUGAAUUCAAGACGUAUCCUACUUUAGAUAAACGCUCUGACUUUGAUGCAAAUAUGGCUAACCAUGAAGUUGUCAAGGAUAAUAAAGCAUUCAAGAUUAGGAAAAUGUACAAGCCCAAAACCUGGGUCGUUCAAAUUAAAGUAACCGAUACUGGAUCAGGUAUUGAGCCCGCAUUGCAAGAGAAAGUCUUUGAACCGUUUGUUCAGGGAGAUCAGACUUUGAGUCGAAGUUAUGGUGGAACUGGAUUGGGUUUGAGUAUAUGUCGACAAUUAUCCAAAAUGAUGAAGGGGUCAUUGACUUUAGACUCAACUGUUGGUAAAGGAUCGAGCUUUACCUUGACGAUACCAUUGCCUCAAACGGGUGAGAUUGUUGUUCCACCUCAAGAUUUGGAAAUGUUUUGCGACGAUGAGUUCAACCCGACGGCUAAAAGUAAUAGAAAAGUUGCAUUUGAUGAGAAGGCAAUUAUUGUCCAUGAUGAAAAUGGAAAUCGUGACACUAGGAUGACAUUGGAACCUAUUGAUAAGAAUAACAGUGCUAGCAGUGGAUCAACAGUGGGCGAAGGCUCUUCGUCAGUUGGUAGAAGUGAUACUUCAAACUCAUCAGCGUCGAUGCAUGAUGAUGCACAUGGGGAAGCCAAUGGCGGUAUUGAUAAUGAAGAUGAGGAUGAAAAAGAAUCAUCAGUACUGCAAUUAAAUGCCACUCCUUUGAAGCGAUCAGUUAAAAGUGCUAAGUCUAAACCAAACUUAAAUAAUUUACUUACUGAAAAGCCCGAACUACUUCAUCAAGGAUCUACAGGUACUGCAAAUUCAGCCAUGGAUAGGAGAUCCGUUGAUUCAGAUGAAAGUGGUUACCGUCAUCAAAACAACGGACAACAAGAAGUAUCUUCUAAUGCCAAUGGCAAACAACAUCUCGAUAGUCAAAACAACGGUGCUAAUCUAACUUCAUCAAAUGGCGAUAUCACAGGUUUGAAGAUCUUGAUUGCUGAGGAUAACAGAGUGAAUCAGGAAGUAAUCAAACGAAUGAUGAAAUUACAAGGAUUCACCAAUUUAACCAUGGCAUGCAAUGGAGCUGAAGCUGUUGACUUUGUGAAGACUGCUAAUGAGGCCAACGAUCCAUUCGCACUAAUAUUUAUGGAUGUGCAAAUGCCGCAAAUGGAUGGAUUGUUGGCUACGAAAUUAAUUCGCCGGGAUUUGCACUAUGAAGGGCCCAUUAUUGCCUUGACUGCAUUUGCUGAUGAGAGUAAUGUUAAAGAAUGUUUUAAUUGUGGAAUGAAUGGGUUCUUAUCGAAACCAAUCAAGAGAAAUAAUUUACAACUGGUUUUCAACCAGUUUAGACUGCGGUUGUUGGAGUCUGCGGUGAAGAAGAGCGGGAUUGGCAAUGCUAAUGGUGAUGGUACUGCUGAUGUGGUGAUGAAGGAUUGA